AUGCUGGCGGCCGUGCUGCUGUUCAUGCUGUCUGCAUGUGUCGACGUCUCGCGCCAGUCCCCAGUGCGACGAGAUGCUCGAGUCCCCGAGACAUAUGCCCCCAGCAACAGCAGUAGCAGUAACUACAACCGCAGGCUCUCGUUUAACCAAGACGGAACGUUCCAGAUAUCCAUAUUUGAAGACUUGCACUUUGGAGAAAACGCAUGGGACCAAUGGGGCCCCCAGCAGGACAUCAACUCGGUCAAGGUCAUCAACGCGGUGCUCGACAGCGAGGCGCCCAACCUGGUGGUGCUCAACGGCGACCUCAUCACGGGCGAAAACACGUACCUCGAGAACAGCACCGCCUACCUGGACCAGAUCGUCGGCCCGCUCGUCUCGCGCGGGCUGCCGUGGGCGUCGACGUACGGCAACCACGACCACAACUUCAACAUCUCGGGCGCGGGCCUCCUCGCGCGCGAGCGGCGCUGGCCCAACUCGCUGACCGGGAACAUGGUGGCCGGCCGCAACGCCGGCGUCACCAACUACUACCUGCCCGUGUACGCGGCCGACUGCGCGCGGAGCGACUGCGCGCCCGAGCUGGUGCUCUGGUUCUUUGACUCGCGCGGCGGCUUCUACUUCCGCGAGCGCAACGCCGACGGCAGCGAGGUCGGCCAGCCCGACUGGGUCGACGCCAGCGUCGUGCAGUGGUUCGAGGCGACGAGCGCGGCGCUGCGACGCCGUUUCCACCGCCCCGACGGGGUCGACGCCAGCGUCGUGCAGUGGUUCGAGGCGACGAGCGCGGCGCUGCGACGCCGUUUCCACCGCGUGAUUCCGUCGCUGGCCUUUGUGCACAUCCCGACCAACGCGUCGCUGGCGGUGCAGGGCAGCGUCGACGCCCACCGCCAGCCCGGCAUCAACGACGACGUGCCGCUGGCCCAGCAGGCCCAGGGCUGGUGCGCCGACGGCUCCAACGGCGACGAGUGCGUCUACGGCGGCCAGGACGAGCCCUUCAUGAAGGCCGUGGCCGCCACGCCGGGCCUCAUCGGCCUGUUCUCCGGCCACGACCACGGCGCCACCUGGUGCUACAAGUGGGACGGCCCCGUGCCCGGCAUGACCGUCGCCGGCAACGGCCUCAACAUCUGCUUCGGCCAGCACUCGGGCUACGGCGGCUACGGCAGCUGGAUCCGCGGCGCGAGGCAGCUUCGCGUGUCCAGCGACGUCCUCCGCCGCCACCGCUGGGAGGCCGAAACCUGGAUCCGCACCGAAAAGGGCGGCGUCGUCGGCCGCGUCAGUCUGAAUGCCACUUAUGGCAAGGACUGGUACCCUGCUACGCCAGACGACAAGACCUACUGCCCUACGUGUAACUAUACCGUCAUCACGCCGGGACCGAGGAGACGCUGA